AUGGCGCAGCAAGCAAACGACAAAAUGCAACCACCAGCGGACAGGCCAUACAAGCGACACCUCGACGAGGCGGCGAGCCACCAGACGGAAGACUACCGAGAACCGAGCACGGUUCAAAAGGCCGUCGAAAAGGUGUCAGAGUAUAUUCCUGCAGCGUCUGGGCCGUUGCAGCAGCUGACGGGACACCCAGCGGCGGCGGCGGCGAAGACGGAAGAAGCAGAGACGGCGCCUGCGCCGGAUCCGUCGCAGCUACCAGAAAGACCGCUACAUGAUGAGCAUAUUGAAAAUUUCGUGAGGGAGCAGCAUCGUCAGGAUGGGAAAAAGAUCUUAGAGGGGCACAAGCAGUAG